UUGAAAUAAUUGUAUUUAAUUGAAUAUUUUUGUCAUCUGUAAUGUACAUUAUUUUUUGUUUGUUUAUUUAACAUGAGGAAAUACCUUUAGCUUUGUUUGUUUUUAUUUCAUAUCUGUAGCUUUAAAAAAACGAGCAAGUACCUUUAAAUACCAGAGGAUUUUAUAACAAAUCACUAGCCCUCAGAAAGAUCGACAGACGGAAGUUUUAACAGUUACUGCAAGAAUGGGAUCACCACUGAGCAAAAACUAUAAAUGUGGCACGGAGCAGAUUCACACGCGUGGUCUCAGCUUUCCCGACCAGCCUGGUGUGUCAGGGCUCAUGGACAUCGAUACACUAGAAUGUAAAUAUGACAACAUUCAAAAGACCAUCACAGAAAAAGCCGACGCCUCUGACGUUGCUGAGUUAAAACAGACCGUGGAGGAGCUUAAGAUGGCGAUGAACGUGCUCAAUGAACAAGACGACAACAGGACAAAGAAAAUUAGCUGUUUGACGAAACUGACAACCGACUGUCAAGCCAAUGUGUCCAUGAUAUUAGGGGGCAACCUACAACAGCAGAAGAAUAUUUCUCAGCUGACCAGCACCCAGGCCGAGACGGACAGGCUCAUCAAGAACCUGGGAAAGGUUGUGGAGAGGAACUUUCAGGAGGGGGAAGAAAUCAAAAGCAGGGUGCAGAGGCUGGAGGAGUCUCAGGACAAAGCCUCCAACAACAUCGCCAGUCUGGCUGCUGCCGUCGAUCUUUUCGUGACAGCCGUAAACAAUAGAGGGCAAUAUAGUUGGAGAGAAGGAAUUCGUAACUACAACAACACGCUGUGGUGCCAGAAUCAAAGCUCGAUGGACGUGUCGAUAAGUGACUAAAUCUGUUUACCUCAAACACUGGGAACGUCAUCUGAAAGUGGCAGCCAUAUUGGAGACCAAACAUCACAGACGUUAUUAAUAUGCAUUAAAAACAUCUAAUCAUGAGUCUCGUUUCAAAGAUAUUACAUUCGUAACAUUAACAAUGAUUUAUGUUCAACCAUAUAACAUUUACAAUAUAGCAAAACACUUUUUAUAGUUUUUUUUUAAAUUUUAUUUUUGUAUUUCUUUAUACCAAUUUUCUUUAGUUAGCAUAAAGCUAUUUUUGUUCUUAAUGAUAUUAUACUCAAGAAAGAUAUACUGUUAUAAAUUACGUUUAUUGUGGGUUUAUUUUAUUUCUUCAAAUAAAAAUUUACUA